AUGGUGCAGUUUACACCAAAAUACUACGAAUUCACACCGGGGCAUGAUGUUCCCGCGUGGGCCCUGGACUAUCCCAAGGCGAUGUUGAGUCAAGAACUUCUCAAGGAACACAUUCGCCUCGACGCAAGAAUGAUCCAGCGAGCCCACGAUUACUUCGAAGCCAACGCCAAGGUUGGAAAUCAUGGACUGCCCAACUCCCGAACCAUCAAGCCGCGUCACCUGAAGUGGGCGCGUAUACUCGAGCCCAAGUACGAGUUAGAAGACAACCCAGAUGACGACGGCAACUUUCCCGAACUUUGGGUCACAAAAUCUGGGUCCCUCAAGAAAACACUAGACGAGUUCUACUGGUAUGCGGAAAAAGUUGUCAAACACCCCGACGAUAAGUGCAUCAGCCUCACUGAGACCUUACUGGGGAGAGACGCCGUGGAAAGGGAAAUAGCUCUCUGGUGGUCUGAAGCUCGAUGA